UACAGAGUCGGCUCUGGGUGUAGCUAUCACCAAUCACAGUGCGAGGUUCAAGUCACGUGAACACCUCAUGCCGGAAGUUUACAUUGGCUGAGCUGAUGACACAUGAAAGUCACCGGUAAAAAACCCAGCAGGGCGUGUUUUCAUUUUAUAAGACAGCUAAACGUGACAUAUGUUUAACGUGUUUACGGUAUAUCAUAACGCAGCUCAGUGUUCAGAACAACGAUAGUAUUGUUACGGCGCUAGCUUCCGUUAGCUAGCAACAUCAGUCGUCGUUAUUAGUUUGUCUCCAGUUUGUCUAAAAGCUAACAAAAGAGAAACACCAGUUCUUCCACAAUCCUCGUCCUCUGAAGCAGUGUACAGAUGGCAAGAAGUCUCGGUCGAAUAUUCAAUGGCUUGCAACGCCUCGGCUCGGUCUCCCCCAUACAGACUCAGCUCCGCUACCCGUCUACCAGCGUCUACCAGCCGGUCAGACGACGCUCUGUGCUGGCGGUGCCAUCGUUCCUUUCCCCCAAGCCCCGGGACUUCAGCCUGCCUAACCCCUCAUGGGGCUCAGAACUGAUGCAGUUGUACGAGCGUUACAACAGCCAGUGCGAGGUGGAGACGGAGGAAGGAGAGAAACAGGAGGGGCCAUGGAAGAGAGUGCCGAGCUACAAUCGCGCCCUGAAAUAUGCUCCAUGUGGAGUAUACCUCAGUAAGAUAAUCCAGUCAAAAGCUCGUCUUUUUACCCGGAACAUCAACGACCCGGGGGCAGCAUUUGAGUAUGUUUUGUUUAUUAACAGGGAGGAGCAGAAGUGUGUGGGCAUCUUCCAGGCUGGACACUUACUGGAGGGGCCACCAGGACAUGUCCACGGGGGGGCAAUAGCCACUAUGAUAGAUACUGUGACAGGGACUCACGCUUCUUUCCUCUCUGGACCGGUUGUGACUGCCAACCUCAACAUCAACUACCGCAGGCCAAUCCCACUGGGUAGCACAGUGUUGAUUGAAUCCUCUCUGGAUAAAAAAGAAGGCAGAAAAUUAUUUUUUUCAUGCAAAGUGACCAGCACCGAUGGCUCCAAAGUGCACACAGAAACAACAGUACUCUUCGUGUCGAUCAGUGCCAGCCACCUACUACUGGGAGGAUGACACUAAAACAGCCUACCACCUAACCAAACACAGUCAGUAAGCUGAGGCAAACAAGCGUGUGUGUGUGACUGUGCGAGUGUGUCAGUGGUUUGGAGUGUUUUUUGAGCAGUGUGUGCUACUUAUUUUCCCGGUCAUUUAAGAGACACAUAUGACAUUGUUGACCUUUUAUUACAUCCUAAUAUUAAUGCAUAUUUUGGGAGUAUUGUUUUAUGAAGUACCUUUACUUGACUACCUCUUCUUAGUGUUACUAACACAUCAAAAGUACAUAUCUAAACAGUAUUUAUGAAACUGAAUGUUGAAGGUAUUUAUUUUAAUUGCAGUAUUGAUGGUUUUAUUACACACAGUUCUUUCAGAAGUCAAAAUGUACUGUACAUGAAUAUUCUUUUUGACCUAAUAAAGCCUUACCUGUUGGUAUUGUAUAAAUUAUAGAAAUUAAAAAAUUGAAUUCUU